UGGAGCUCCACCUAGUGGCUGUGUGUCUGGUGCAGAUGAAACAGGGUCAGUGUGUCAGCGAUGGAAGGAGAUUCCGUCACUCUACAUACUGAUAAAAACAAGAGAAGGGGGAAAGGAGCAGCAGGAGAGGAGUUCAGUUUGAUGAGAUAAGAGACACCAGUGUGAAUCAUGGUAUGUUUAGAGCAGAAACAGAUGAGACAAUGUCAGUGACGGAAGGGGAUCCUGUUACUUUAUACACUGGUCUUACUGAAAUACUGAAUGAUGAUACCGUACUGUGGGUGUUUGGACCUAAAGGUUUGGUCAUUUCUCAAAUAACAAGAAAGAACGACCUGACCUCAUUUUUUGUCACUGAUGAUGUGAGAUUCAGAGGCAGAUUGCAGUUGGAACAAAACACUGGUUCUCUCACCAUCAGAAACACCAGAAUCAGACACUCUGGACAAUAUAAACUAACGGUCUCUAGAGAAAAGACUACGACUAAGAAAUUUAAUGUUACUGUAAUUGGUGUGGUUGGUGAGACAGGUGGAGUGACAUCAGUAUCAGUGAUGGAGGGAGAUUCUGUCACUCUACAGAAUGAUCAAGUACAGCGAGACGAUCUGAUCGUGUGGAGGUUUGGAGAUAAAGGCAUCCUCCUGGCUAAAAUCGAUGUGGAAACUAAUGAGACCUCAUUAAAUGAUGCUGAUGAGAGAUUCAUAAACAGACUGCAGCUGGGUCAGACCGGAUCACUGACCAUCAAGAACACAAGAACCGAACAUGCUGGACUUUAUGAGCUACAGAUCAGAGGCCGCGAGAGCUCACAGCGAUUCCUUGUUUCUGUCACUUGUGAGUCUUUAUAAAGCAAGUCUUUCAAAGUAAUGAUAUGGAAUAAAGCUAGAUCAGCAUUUAGAACAGAUAAUUGGACAAAUUAUACACUGGAAAACAAUAAGUUUAUUUUUUAUUUUUUU